AUGUGGUUCGCUGUGCUCGCUGUCGUGUUUUUGCCACUGAUCGUUCUGUUGUACUUUGAACUCAGGGCCUCGCAUCGCCGCCAACUGCUCAAGGAAUUCAAUGGACCCACUCCGGUGGCCGUUUUGGGCAAUGCCAAUCGCAUUGGCAAAAAUCCGGCAGAGAUACUGGCCACGUUCUUCGAUUGGUGGUACGACUACGGCAAGGAUAACUUUCUCUUUUGGAUCGGAUACAGUGCUCACAUUGUGAUGACCAAUCCCAAGCAACUGGAGUACAUUUUAAACAGUCAGCAGUUGAUACAAAAGUCCACCAUCUAUGACCUCCUGCAUCCUUGGCUGGGCGCUGGCCUUCUAACGAGUUAUGGCAGCAAAUGGCACAAGCACCGCAAGAUGAUAACCCCGUCAUUUCACUUCAACAUCCUGCAGGACUUUCACGAGGUGAUGAACCAGAACUCCAGCAAGUUCAUGGUCCAGUUGAAGAAAGCAAGUGCCGGCGAUAGUAUCAUUGACUUCCAGGAGCAUGCCAAUUAUCUUACCUUGGAUGUCAUUUGUGACACGGCCAUGGGAGUGCCUAUUAAUGCCAUGGAGGAGCGUGACUCCUCCAUUGUCCAGGCUUUCAGAGACAUGUGCUACAACAUCAACAUGCGGGCAUUCCAUCCAUUCAAGCGGUCUUACAGGUCCUUUAGUCUUACUCCUGAGUUUCCAGCUUAUCAGCGAACAUUGAAGACGCUGCAGGACUUCACCUAUAACAUCAUCGAAAAGCGCGUGGAGGCUCUCCAGAAUGGAAGUUCCAAGGGGGAGCAUGAUUCCUCCUUGCCCCGCAAGAAGAUGGCUUUUCUGGACACGCUGCUAUCCUCCACCAUCGAUGGCCGUCCUCUGACCAGGCAAGAGAUCUACGAGGAGGUGUCCACCUUUAUGUUCGAGGGCCACGACACAACCACCUCGGGAGUGUCCUUCGCGGGAUAUCUACUAUCGCGACAUCCUAAUGUUCAGAUGAAGCUGUAUCAAGAGCAGUGCGAAAUUAUGGGCAAUGAUAUGAGCAGAGAUGCCAGUUUCCAGGAGAUUGCCCAAAUGAAAUAUCUAGAUCUGUUUAUCAAGGAGGCACAACGCGUCUAUCCCAGCGUUCCGUUUAUUGGUCGCUAUUGUGACAAGGACUACGACAUCAAUGGCAGUAUAGUUCCCAAGGGCACCACUUUAAACUUGGCUCUCGUUCUUUUGGGCUACAAUGAACGUGUUUUUAAGGACCCCCAUCAUUUUCGACCCGAGCGAUUUGAGGAGGAAAAACCGGGUCCUUUUGAAUACGUACCUUUCAGUGCUGGACCCCGUAACUGCAUUGGUCAAAAGUUUGCCCUCCUGGAACUCAAGACUGUGAUAUCCAAGUUGGUGCGAUCCUUUGAGGUGCUUCCAGCAGUCGACGAGUUGGUCUCCAAGGAUGGCCGGCUAAACACUUACCUUGGACUCUCCCCCGGUGAAAAGUUAAAGCGCGAAGCUGGGCGCCACAAAUACGAUCCAGUUCUAUCGGCGGUCCUAACCCUUAAAUCCGACAAUGGUCUGCACCUUCGUCUCAGGGAACGGUGCUCCUGA